ACAGAUGUAUAAUAUCCGCUCCCCGUCGGAACGUCAUAGAUGUGGGACGGGAGCGAUGGAAAGAUGGCGGCCGCUAUGGUACAGAUGUCAUGUUUGUAUCGGGGUAUGUUAGCGGUCAGGGCCACCGGCAUCAGGACACUGAUCCCCGGGCUGGUCCCGGCGCAGUUCCGAGCCUUCUCAGUUCGGAAGGAGCCGGAGCUGGAGGAGAACCCGUACUACAGCAAGUACCAGGACAAGAUCCAGAAGCUGCGCAGUGCCAAACCACAGGAGUACAAGGCCCGACUGGAGAAACGACAUGAGGCCAAGAAGGAGGUGCUCGGAGACUCGAAGCAGGCUGAGUUCGUCAAGCUCAUGGAGCAGGAGUUGGAUAAACGGGACAAGAUGGCUGCUGGUGAUGGAGCAUCUGGAGGCUUCACAAAGAACAAGACACUGGGCUCCAUCCUCAACAUGGAAAUGAUCCAGGACAAGACGGGCGAGGAGAUCGCAGAGCUGUGGAUGAAAUAUUAUUCAACGAAGGACACAAUCAGCGCCGUCAUCCCAACACAGAUAUAUGAGAUGAUCUUCAGCAGGUCAAAGUCCUGUCCCAUGUUCCUCUACGCUUUGCCUCAGAAGGAGGGUUAUGAGUUCUAUGUGGGUCAGUGGUCUGGACACGAGCUACACUUCACCUCCCUCAUCAACGUCCAGACGCUGGGCGAGAAUGCUCCCAGUCAGCUGAUCCUCUACCACUACCCAGACCUGAAGGAGGAGAAGGGUGUGGUCCUCAUGACGGCUGAGAUGGACCCCAAGUUUAUAACUGUCCACCAGGCUCAGUGCUUGGCCAAUCAGGUGCAGCUGUUCUACGGCACGCAGAGGCAGGAAACAUACCGAUUGGUGGAGACAUUUAACCACCACCCUGUGGACUUCAAACACAUGUCAGUGAUAGCCGAGCUGGAACAGAGUGGUUUGGGGCCAGCAGUGGCCCCUGGAGGAUUGUAGAGAGACCGGAGAUGGACUAAAGUCACCAUGAGACCAUCUGUGGUCUGAUUCCCAGGAACUGUUGGUCUUCAUUUAAAGUCACAAAGUGAUACAUGCUCUUCUUUGCUCAGCACUUUCCACUGGGAUACACCUAUUCUACAUACUGUUUGUAAAGGUGUCUGUGACUCACAAACUCCUUCUCAUGAACCAUGAACUCUGCCUGGGACUUGAUCAUCUCAGAUAUUUGCAAAACAUUGUUUCAUUGUGUAUACAUUUGUAACCACAGGUAAAAGAAAAAUGUGGUAAUGAUCAGUUCAGUAAUUACUAAAUAACAUUGUAUCCUAUUGAAAAACCAUGACAUUUAAUAAAUCAUCUUCAAAACCCAAAAUCUUUCCAUCUGAUCAAUUUAAUGUUGAACCAAAUAAAAUAAUUCUUAUUGUUCUGCCA